CAUAAAAAAGCAAAUAAAUGCCACCAAAAAGAAAAGGACCGUUGCAACUUGUCCAGAGAGAAGUGGACGAAAUCAAGAAACAGGUUGAUAGUCUGGUCAAGGAUGUGCAGAGUCAGGGUGGAUCUACUGAAGAGGCAUUCCGGAGAUGUCAAGACCUGCAGAUGUCGGCUGAGAAGACACUAAGGACACUGAUGAAACUAACGAAGGCUAAUGAGCCAGCUCCGGUGGGAAACUACGAUCAGAGGAAACAGGAAGAGGAGAGACGACUGCAGAACAUCUUGGAGCGUCUGAAUACGCUCUCUCUGGAGCUUUCACCACCAGGACCGAGCACUGCUGCAGGCGAUGUUUCAAAAGAAGAUAGCGAGGAUGAUGAUGACGAAGACAGUAAUAAUGAUGAUGAAGACGAUGCUGAUAAUGAUGGUAAUGAGGAUGAGAAUGAGAACCGAGCUGUGAAACCACCCUCUCAGUCAGAUCCUCGAAUCUACACAGUCCUCAGUGAUUUCAAAGGACAGCAGGAAGGAGAUCUGUCUGUUCAGAGGGGGGAGGCAUUGAGGAUUAUCAGGAAGACAGCAGAUGGAUGGUGGCUUGCCCAGGACACUAAAGGCAACAGAGGAGUGGUUCCAAAAACCUACCUGAAGAUUGGCCCUGGUGUUGACGAUGAAGACGAAGAUGAUGAAGAUGACGACGAUGAAAAGGACGACAGUGAUGAUGAAAAUGAGGAGGAGUCGUCAGAGGAGGAUGAAGAGCAAGAUGGUGAAGAACUGACCGAUGCCCAAGACAAACAGAGCGGAGCUUUACACUCCAACUGGUCCACUGUGAGAAAGGCUCUGACUGAGAUUGAUGCAACGGAUGUGCUGUCUGCCAUGGGGGCUAUACCAUCAGGAUUCAGACCAUCAACUCUCAACAAACUGCUGGUGGAUGAAGGUGUAAAAUACAGAGGAAGUCACCAUAUUCAGCCUGAGCUCAGCCAAUCACAGCUCUCCUUUAAAGACCUCUUCCUGGACCCAGACACUGGCAGGGUUCGUGCUCGGCAGGUCCGGACGUGUGUUUGUUUCACUUUGUGGAGUUGCAGGAUGAUUCCCACUCCUGGGGUUGGAGUUCAGGUCCUCAGCAGACACAUCCGCCUCUGUGCCUUUGAUGGAACUCAGGUGUUAAGUAACAUCCACACAGUGAGGGCAACCUACAACUCCAGGAGCCCCAAGACCUGGAGCUUCUCUCCCAGGAUGGCAGGUAUCCUGCCCAGCCUCCUAGAUGGAGACUGUUUCCUACGCUGCAACUCUACUUCUCCUGACCUCGGUAUCCUCUUUGAACUGGGAGUCACCUUUAUACGGAAUUCUACAGGUGAGAGAGGAGACCUGAGCUGUGGCUGGGCUUUCCUCAAACUGACCGAUGACACAGGAAGUCCACUCCCCAACAGGACCUAUGAGCUGCCAGUGAACGGUGGAACUCCUUACGAGAAGGAUGUAGCAGUGGAGGCUUCAGUCACCAGAGGAUCUCAAACUGGUGUUUUCCAGCAGAUGCUUCAGGCCAGGCGGCAGCCGAAACUGAUUGUCAAGUUGAAAUCAGCCAACAGCCGGACCAGAACGCAGCUCAGUCUCCUGCCAGACACUCUGCUGCACUGUUUGAGCUGUGUCCAUCUGCUGGCUCUACACAGACAGCUGCUAGCUGACACACUACUGAUGGACAGGCCUACCAUGCAGAAUGCAGAUUUGAUAUGCAGUCCUAUACUUUCUACCUUCCCUGUGCUGUUGGACCAACCAGACCUGCUGGAUGCCCUCAGGGGUGCUUGGCUGGAUGCUGAGACCAAUAUGAGCAGAGCACAGAAGAGAGACCUGAAUUUUCUGAAACAGGAGUUUGUUAAAGUCUACAUGUCGUCCGUCUAUUUCCUCCUUCACUCGCCCUCGCUGCCGUGUCAUCGCUGGGCGGACCCUCCCUCAGAGGAGCAGCGGGCCAGGGUCAUCUACGCCACCCUGGAUUCUCUCAAACACACCCAGCACACCACCAGCCAAUCAGGGGGUCCAGAGGUCUUUGUCGACCCCAUGCACCCUCAUCUCGCCUUUGAUGUCACAGAGUUGACCUUCGACCUCCUCCAUGUAGCGCGGUAACAAUUACAUUACAUCCCUCAGAGGGAAGGUAUAAUUUAAUUGGAGUUUGAUUGAAAUUUUAAAGUAAUUGUAUCUAGACAUCAGUUGGUCUAUUAAAAAGAAUAAAGCCCCUGAAUGUGCCAUAAAUAUAUUUUUAAAAUGUGUAAACUUAAAUGAUGAAGAUGGCAAUGUUCUAUUUCUUUGUUAUUGUGAAUAAAUCCCAUAAAAAGGCAAAAACCAGCAAUAGGUUAGUUCAUUUCUCAGUACUUUCUGACCUCCUCACGCUGUCUGUGGCUCUCAGGCUCAAGCCCACUGGUUCCUUCUGAAGAUGUAAAGCUUUAAAAAAUGUAUCAUGAAUAAAUACUUGAAUUAAAAAAACAAAAGACAAAUACAUUUGUAGAAGACCUGGGCACUGUGGUUCAUAGAAAAUGUUACUCGAUCAGAUGUAAACAUUGCAUUUGUUGGGGACUAUUUUAAGGUGUGGAUUAAUAGACAGUUGCUGUUCUAGUGAGUAUUUAUGCUAACACAUACUGUUCAUAACAUGCAGUACAUACACAAAAACAUCUUUGUGUACCUUGUGAUAACAUGAGACACUGAUCAUGGCUAAUGAGCCUGUUAAGUUGCCUGAAUAGGUGUAAAAUAAAGGUUGAGCAAAUGAAAACAUUAUCAACAAAGACGCCUCUUUAAUCUAAUCAUUGAGUUCACUUUGCUCCUGUUAAACGCAAAGUAGAUUUUUGUAAUAUUAGACCCAGUGGCAUUACUAGCAUGUUUUGAAACUGCU